ACUCCACUCUCUUCCCUUGUCUCUCUCUCUCUCUCUCUCUCUCUCUCUCUCUCAAUUCGCAGACUUUCCACCAUUACUACAAAAAGCCCUGGACCCCCUCCCCCUUUGGCCUCUCCACUCUGUCUUUUUCUCCUACUCCCUAAUUUCUCCAACUGGGUUUUCAUUUGAUCAUCUCCAUGGAGUUUUACCAUCAUUUCAACCACAGUGAUUCGGGCUUGCCACCUGGGUUCAGAUUUCACCCCACAGAUGAAGAGCUGAUCACUUCCUACCUUUUGAAGAAGGUUCUCGACUGCAAUUUCACUGCCAGAGCCAUUGCUGAAGUCGAUCUCAACAAAUGCGAGCCCUGGGAGCUUCCUGAUAAAUCAAAGAUGGGGGAGAAAGAGUGGUACUUUUUCAGCCUCCGUGAUCGGAAGUACCCAACUGGGCUCCGAACAAACAGAGCCACCGAAGCUGGGUACUGGAAGGCUACGGGGAAGGACAGAGAGAUCUACAGCUCCAAGACUCGUUCUCUUUUGGGUAUGAAGAAAACCCUAGUUUUCUACAGAGGGAGGGCUCCGAAGGGGGAGAAGAGCAACUGGGUCAUGCAUGAGUACCGUCUUGAAGGCAAAUUUGCCUACCAUUAUAUCUCCCGAAGCUCCAAGGAUGAGUGGGUGAUCUCCCGGGUGUUCCAGAAGAGUGGCUCCGGCAGCGGCUCCUCCGCACUAGCAACUGGCGGCGGCGGCAAGAAACACCGCCCCAACUCCAACAUGAUCAACCUCUACCCGGAACCCAGCUCCCCCUCUUCGGUCUCUCUCCCACCUCUCCUCGACUCCUCCCCGUACGCCGCGGCCGGCUCCUCCUCCUCCAACGCCGUCGCGGACUGCCACAGCUCCUCCUACGACGUCAACGCCGCCACGAAAGAGCACGUGUCCUGUUUCUCCACCGUUGCUUCCGCUGCCAACAACUACUUCAAUACCCACGUUGCCCACUUCGACUUCCCUCCGCCGCCUCCUCUUAAUGUGGCCGCGGCGGACCGGUUCUCGAGGAAUGUCGUGGGGAUGCAGGGGGCGUACCCUAACUUGAGGACACUCCAGGAGAACCUUCCGCUGCCGUUCUUCUUCUCGGCGGUUGCUCCUCCGCCUCCGCUAAUGCAGGUUGGUGGUGACUUGGGUGGUUGGAGCUCCGGUGGGAACUGGUCGGCGCCGGAGAAUCUUCAGAAGGGUGAUGGGGCCAGGAUGGCAGUGGGAUCUACUGAGCUUGAUUGCAUGUGGACUUACUAGUAUCUCUCACUAGCGCUAUGUUAACUCUGUCUCUCUCUCUCUCUCUCUAGAAGUUUAUUAGGUUUGUACUUCAAGUAAUGAAGCUUUUAUGUAUGGUAUUUAACUGUUGAACUCCCUUUAAGUACUGAUCUAAUCAAGUUUGUUUGGGCUUUUA